AUGAACAAGGCAGAGCUGCAGAUGACCCUGAAGAAGGGAGCGGAUGAGGUGCGCGGCGUCUCAAGCCUCAUCAUUCCUCCAAAGCGGGCCAAGGCCUACCCUUACCCAGACCAGGCGGUCCCGAACUCUGGGGCUUCCUUGUUCCCCACCCAGACCCCUCCAGCAUUCGUACGCAAAAUGAGGAACACCGCUGUGGGAACCAUCUGCGGCAUCCGUCUGAAAGUGGUGGUGGUAGGAGACCCACAGCCCUCGCUCUACUGGUACCACAACGACGACAUGCUGAAUAUGGUUAACCAGGAGUAUGGGGGCCUCUGGAUCAGGGACUGCAAGCCCAGCGAUGCCGGCCUCUACACCUGCAUCGCCAGCAACCACUUGGGGAAGGUGCAGAGUAGUGCCAUGCACGCCGUCCUGGACCUGGAGGAAGACUCCGAGACCACAGAAGACGAAGGUGGAGACCACAUUGAGACCAAAGAAGGAAGCAGAGGUAUUCAGAACCAGGCUAUGCAUGCAGGGGACAGAAUGACGGACAGCUGGGGCAAAGGACUUCAAGACAUCUCCAAGCCCUCCAGGAGCCAAUCUGAAAAUGUUUUGAGGGAAUCCUCCCCACAAGUCCUCCCACCCCUCUCCCCCAGAAUUAUUAAAUGCCCCUCCACUUCUCCAAUGCCAAGCUGCUCUGGAUCAGCCCCUCACACACCCCUCACACCCCGCAAGAAACAUUUUGUACCAACCGACUACCAAGACACAAUCCCUGCUGAAUUUGAGGAAAUGUUAAGACAUCCAAAAUUAUCAGCCAUGUCUCACAGCAGCACUCAGAAUUCCCUUACUCAGACACCUGUCAGUGUCAACGAGUGCUCCCACAAGGAGUACCAGCCUAGGCAGUCCCCAAAACUGACCAGAGCAAGCUCCAAGAUCUUUGAGAAGAUGCGCGGUUUUGAAGAGCGAAGGCAAAGUUAUGACCAUGAAGACUCCAUCUCGGGAUGGUCCUGGGCCGGGUUCAACUACGCUGGGUCUGUCGACUCAGACGAUGGAGGGAACCGGUUGGGCAUCUCCAGAGGGAGUUCGAGGGAAGACCUACGAGAGGCUCUGAAGGAUGACGCUGCCGAACGGAGGUCCAAUUUCAGACAGAAGGCUGCGUCCUUAGAGGACUGCAGGCCCCGUACCACCCAGAAGGUCCAGGAAUUUGAGAACAAGUUCACUGAAGAGCCUCAACGAAUCAAGAAGCUUGUGGGUAAACCUCACAUGAAGAAGUCCUUCUCCAUCGAGCAGCUUUCGCUCAGGGCAAGAGGCAGGCAGCCUUUGAGGAAGAUUGAGCCCCUCCCACCGCAAAUUCUCCAGAAGCUCCAGGAAAGGGAGCGAGCCCAUCAGGAGAAGGAGCAGAAAGAGACAGAACAGCCUAAAAAGGUGGUGCCAUCAAAAUCACCACGACUGCACCUACAAGCACGGCAGGACCAGCCUUCGCCCCAAACCCACGAGAUUGAGGGCCCCUCCAUGAGUAACAUAACAGUCAGUAGAUUGGGAGAAGUAGCAUUCGCUCCAGAAUCUAUGCAACUGGCUGACUUAUCGAGACAGAGGCCAACAAGACAGGUAAAUCGAGUCAGUCCAAUCAAGGGGAUCCUUCAGAGGUCUCCAUCACCAGUUGUUCAGAGGGUAUGUCAUAUGCAAGAGUCUCUGGACAUCCAAGAAUCUCCUGCCCAAAAGUCCCCAAAGGAAGAAUCGUCAGGAAGAAAAACACCUGUAGAGGUAGCCUUAAGAAAAGUAGAGUAUAAACCAGAAAGUCCAUUGGUACAGAAAAAGCCUACCGUUGUACAAGAGCAUCCAAUACAACCUCCGCAAAAACCUCCAUGGCUGGUUACCUCUUCAACAAAUAUUCCAGUCUCCCCAUCUGAGGAAAAAAUGCAAGUGGAAUUAAUCAAGCCAGCCCCCAAGGUAAUCAUACCUAACAUCAUUGUCAAAGAAGAGCCCAUGGAAGAGGAAGCUCUUCCAGAGACUGCCAAGUCUAAAGAGGUGACCAAUGUGAAAGAAGGCCAAACACAGAAGACCUGGGGGAAGGGUCGCUGCGCUAGGCCCAUGUCUCCAGAGUUAGAUUCUUCAGACGACUCUUACAUGUCUGCUGAAGAGGACCCCUUGGAGGCCCCUAUGUUUGAGUUUCCUCUUAAGGACACUGUGGCAACUGCUGGUACUGAGGUCCUGCUGAGAGUCAUCAUUGCUGGCACUCCUCUCCCAGAAGUUACCUGGAGGCGAGACAAUAUUGAGAUCACUAACAGCCCAAACUAUGGGGUCAAAGUGGAGGGAGAGCGGUAUUCACUUCUCAUCAAAUGUGCAAAACCAAGUGAUGCUGGAAUGUACUGUGUGACAGCUGCCAAUGAGGCUGGGAGAGCAUCUAGCAGUGCCACCCUUUCCAUCAAACCAGAGCCCAUGCAGGAGCCGCAGGGGAACCUGGGUGUUCUUAGGGACAUCAGCAGCCCUAUCACAUCUGAUGAAGAGUACCUCAGCCCACUGGAGGAAGGCAUGGAUUUUGAGACAAGGAAGAUAGUCGACACACGAUUCAAGGAGCCCCCUGCAUUCCAGGUAACUAUGAAUGAUCAAGCGGUCAUUGAGGGGCAAGAAGUGACCAUGUCUGUCCGACUAAAUGGACAGCCCAAACCCAUGCUUUAUUGGCUGAGGGACAGGGAGACGAUAAAAACAGACUUGCACCACACAGUGCGUGAGACCAAGGACGGCACUUUUGAAAUGACCAUCAACUCUGCUCAGAAGUCGGACACGGGAGUGUACACCUGCAAGAUCAUCAAUGAGUAUGGAACAAAGCAGUGCGCAUGCAAACUGGAGGUGAAAGUGCCACCAGUGGAGCCAGGCCUGACAAUUAUCCGUCCAGUAAUGGACAUCACAGCGGACGCAGGUGAGACGGUUAUGUUAGAUUGCCACAUAAUUGGACCACUGGACACAGACGUCGAUUGGUUUGCAGAUGGUAAACUGAUCCAGCCAUCUCUGCUCAACUGCAAAAUGCAUUUUGACGGGAAAAGGUGCAUGCUGCUCCUCAACUCAGUGCACGAGGACGACAGUGGCACCUAUAUGUGCAAGCUGACCUCGGCCAAAGAGGAACUGACUUUAAGUGGCCAACUCAAAGUCAUCCCUUCCAUCAAGCCCCUUUUCACCCGCAAGCUGGAUGCCUUAGAGGUGAUUGAGGGACGUAGCGCCCGCUUUGACUGCAGGGUCAGCGGAACACCACCUCCAAAAGUCAGCUGGAGACAUUUUGACCAUACACUGGUAGAGAGUGACAAUGUGCAGAUCUUACAAGAGGGAGGACGUCACUCCCUCGUAAUCUCUCAUGUCACCAAUGAGGAUGAGGGCUUCUACACAGUCAUCGCUUGCAAUCCACACGGCGAUGCCGAGAGUGCCACUGAACUCUAUGUCCAGGAGCCCAAACCUGCUAUGUCAUCUCAAAUGGUGAAGCUAGAGAAGAUGCCGUCCAUCCCGGAGGAGCCUGAGGUGCUGGUCAACGAGGUUGAGCGCUUCAUCAUGCCUGACUUUGUCAAGCCACUGUACGACCUGGACGUGAUUGAGGGCAAGGAGGCCGUGCUCAAGUGCAAGGUGGCCGGCCUGCCGUACCCCACAAUCGUGUGGUUCCACAAUGGCAAGAAGAUCGACAGCAUGGAGGACAGGAAAUUGACACAGUUCAGAGACAUCCACAGCCUGGUCAUCAGCUCUGUCUGCCAUGCUCACGGAGGGGUGUACAAGAGUGUCAUCUCCAACAAGGUGGGCAAAGCCACUUGCUAUGCCCAUCUAUUUGUGACUGAUGUUCUUCCAGACCCUCCAGAUGGGCCCCCAGUAAUAGAGGCGGUUACUGGCAAGACUAUCACCCUGAGCUGGAAGAAACCCCGGAGGCUGGAUCCCUCUAUUGAUCCCAACACGUUGAUGUAUGCCAUCCAACAACAAGCACUGGGCUCGAUCCAGUGGACCAUCAUAGUGUCCAGUCUGAAAGACCCUUGCUAUACAGUGACCAGCUGCUCCAAAGGAGUCUGCUAUGCCUUCAGGGUCCUGUCAAUCACCACCAAGGCCUUUAGCAAACCCUCUCCGUCCACAGACCCAGUGCAACUUGUCAACAGAGGUCCAUAUCUUCAGGAGGGUCCGGUGAUCAUUGAUAAGCCAGACAUAGUCUAUGUCCAGGAGAACCUGUCAUUCAGCAUCACCAUCACUCUGAACCACGUCAACGCUUCAGUUAUCUGGAAGAGGAGUGGAGUGGUCCUUGCAAUCAAACCUGGGCUGUAUGAGAUGAGUAUGCCUGAUGAUGACCAGCACUCUCUAAAGAUCAUGAGGAUGAAGAGUGGCGAUGUGGGUCAACUGAUGUGUGUUGCCUCCAACAAGUUUGGCGUCGACUCCUGCAUCUUUAGUGUGGAAAUGGCAGCACCACCAACCUUUGAGUCCAUCAUGGAGGAUGUGGAUGUGCACAUGGGGGAGACACCUUGCUUGGCUGUGGUUGUGGAGGGCAAGCCCAUUCCCGACAUCCUUUGGUUUAAGGAUGAUACAUUGUUGUGCGAGAGUAGUCACAUCACCUUUGUGUAUGAUGACAACGAAUGCUCCCUUGUGCUGCUCAACACAAGUCCAGAAGAUUCAGGGGUGUAUACCUGCACAGCCAAGAACCUGGCUGGUUCUGUGUCCUGUAAGGCUGAGCUCACCGUGCGCACAGUUAAAGAAGACAAGGAGGAUACAAUGGAGGACGACGAGACCGUUCUCAGGAAGAUGCGCCGGCUGACUGACUACUAUGACAUCCACAAGGAAAUAGGGAGAGGGGCUUUCUCCUAUGUGAAACGAGUGACGCAGAAGGUUGGUAAAAUGGAGUAUGCUUCCAAGUUCAUCUCUGCCCGAGCCAAGAGGAAGGCCUCUGCUCUGAGAGAGAUGAAACUACUGUCUGGGCUGGACCAUGAGAGAGUCCUGUAUUUCCAUGAUGCCUUUGAGAAGAAGAAUGCAGUCAUCAUUGUCACAGAGAUAUGCAAUGAGGAGUUGCUGGAGAGGUUAACAAAGAAAUCUACUGUAAUGGAGUCAGACAUCCGCUCCUGCAUGAGACAGUUGCUGGAGGGUGUGGACUACCUUCACCAUCAAAAUAUCAUCCAUCUGGAUAUCAAGCCUGAUAACAUCCUCAUGGCAGACCACCAUGGUGAUCAAAUCCGCAUCUGUGAUUUCGGAAACGCCAUAGAGCUCACACCCGACGAGGCUCAGUACUGCAAAUACGGCACACCAGAAUUUGUUGCCCCAGAAAUUGUCAACCAAACUCCUGUGUCCAAGGCAACUGACAUCUGGCCGAUUGGAGUCAUUACAUAUCUGUGCCUUACUGGAGUGUCUCCGUUUGCUGGAGAGAAUGACCACAGAUCCGUGCUCAACAUCAGGAACUACAAUGUGGCCUUUGAUGAGAGUAUGUUCACUGAGCUGUGCCGAGAAGCCAAGGGAUUCAUCAUCAAACUGCUGGUGGCAGACAGACUGAGGCCUGAUACAGAAGAGGGUCUCCGUCAUCCAUGGUUCAAGACCCUUACCAAGGGGAAGGCAAUAAGCACAGAGACCCUCAAGAAGUUUGUGGCGCGCCAAAAGUGGCAGCGGUCCCUUAUCAGCUACAAAUCCAAAAUGGUCAUGAGGUCCAUCACUGAGUUGCUGAAUGACUCAUCCAGCCACAUCUCCAUCGCUGUUCCCAGACACCUCAAAGAGGGCUCACCCCCACCAUCAUCGUCCUCUGACUCCGACGAAGAUAUUGACAAGCUGCCCUUCAUUCCAAUGCCACUCAGUAUGGAGUUCUCCGGAUCAAGAAUGUCUCUAAACGAGAUCCAGGAAGGCACAAGCCGGUCAAACGGCACUAUUGAAAGUUCAGGGUCAGCAGUCACCCAUGGCCAAGAGGCGAUGGAGUGUGAAUCCAUGGGGAAAGAGAAAGAGGCUGGAGAUUCCACAGGUAGGGGGCGCGCCAGGAAGAGGUUGAUGCAAGAAAAUGACAAGGGGUCUUCGGAUGAGGAGUUGGCAGAGUUGGCACAAGUAUCUGAGAAUGCUAGAAGGCCCUUGUGCAGAGGCUCGAGCUUGGAGUUGGACAAGCAAGAGGGUGGACCCAGAAGGGGGCAGCUGCAUAGAGGGGGCUCUGCUGACAGCGCGCUGCUACUCCACAUCGUUCCAGAAGAUAGAGCAGAUGACGAAAACACUGAAAAAGGUGGACAAGUCCUCAAAAAGGCGGUAUCCAUGGAGUUCCCUAGGAGGAGCGUGAGUCCAGGUCCUCUGAGUCAAGAGGACUAUGCUCACAAACUGGAGCUGAUGAGGCAGAGGUUGCUCCGAGGUGGCUCUGUUGACAAGAAAAUGAGCGGCCUGCGAGGACCCCUGCUGGAGACACUGGGUAUGGAUGAUGGAAGGUGGCGGUCAUCGUUGCUGGAGCGCUACUCACGCACUACCCCCUUAUGGGUUCCUCCAUUAACCAAGGCAGUCUCCAGCGACGAGCCCAGAGUGGACGUGCUCAAACCCAAAUUCCUUCGCAAGAGCGCCUCCUUCAGUCAAGGAGAUGAUGCAGAGCCCGUUCCCCUGCACCGACGCACCGGGGUACCACUGGAAAUCCCGCUGGCUCAGAUAGAGGAGCGAAGGCUAAAGGAGGCCAUAUCCAUGUCUGCUCUCACUGAGCCAUUCAAUAAUGACUCCUGCCCCGUGACUCUCAUGGAACCUAUCCCUAAACUUCCCACACCAAGCCCAGUGCCUAGGGAACAUGAGACAAAAACUAAAAUGGAGGAAGAGGACUCAUCAAUAGACAUGGAGAUUAAGACUGAGAAGUCCAUUCAUGAAAAAACGAUGAUGGAACCAGAGUACACGGCCCCGAGGGAGCCUAUCCCUCCUUGGAGGGAGUAUAGCCCUCCUGUGAGGGUUCUUAAAUUAGAGGAACAAAUUAAAGAUAAAGAAGAGAUUGAGGAAAAUGAGACUGUUCCUUUUGUUGAAGAAAAAGCUAGUGAAGUUGAAGAAGUACACAAAGAAGUACAAAAAGAAGUAAAAAAAGUAGAAAAGGAACUGAAGGCACAAGUGAAAUCUUCUAAGAUGGUCAUUACUACAAGUUCUAAUAGGGUCAUGCCAGCACCAGCAUCUUCAAGGGCACCAGCAAAUGUUAUGACUCCCUCUCCACCUGCCCUAACUGUGCUCCCAGAUGGUAGGACCUCUGCGUACACUAGCAUAAUGCAGACCAUCAUGGUCCCCUUGCUUCAGCCCCUAGUUAGCCCCCUGUUAGCAGACUCCACCCCUGUGGUUGUUCCAGUCCCUGUGCAAGCCCCAUUUCUAGCACCAACAUUUACAAACACACCUACAUCUGUCUCGGGCCCAACAAAGCCAGUCACUCCGCUAUCCACACCAGGGGAACAGCCUGCAGUCUAUUCAAGGGUGGCAUCCCCCGAGCCCAAGGAACCGAGUCCACCCAAGGUUUCCCCAUGCACUACACCCCAGUGUGAGCUCUCGCCAGUGGGACAAAUCCUCUACGGCAUUGCCUCUGAGGAAGUAUUUGAGGCCCACUUCAAAAAGCGUGAGUAUUCUCUAACGCGAGGCCUGCAGCUUCUCAACUGGUCAAAGCCUGAGAAUAAACCAGUAGCCUCUUUGGACUCUGCCAAGUCAGGCGAAGAUGUAUCCCACCAUGGGCCCAUUGGAGCGCCGUUUGUGUUUGUCCCCAGGAGACUGGAGGAGAAAUCCAAGUCGGUGCAGGAUCUCUGCGAGACCCAGAAGGACGAAGGCUUUAUGAGAAGGCUUUCCAUGCAACUCAAGAGGACUGCUUCAACCGAAAGCAAGGAAGAAAAGCCCAAGGAGGAAGAAGCAGUGACUCCCAGGCGCCCGCUCUCCUGGGCUUUCCGCAGCCGAAGAGGAUCCCAUUCCCAGGAGAGGAAGGAGGUGGAGACGAUGAGGAUGGAUAGGGGAAUAGAAGCUGAGGCGAAGCAGGAGGACAAGGAGCCGGAAAAGCCCAACGAGUCACCGGUUAUGGCCAUGCGUAGGAAGAUCGAGUCGACGGUGUCCAGGAUAUCCAGGAGGAUCCGCAGCGCCUCGGAGGAGAGAAGGAUAGCGUCGGAGGAAAGGGAAUCCAGCAAGCCAGAGAGCAAGAAGACACCCCUGUUCUCCAUUCUGCACAGGUCGACUUCUGAGGGACGUAGCCUAAAGAGUAUGGCUGGAUCCGGUAUCUCUCAAAACCAGCUGGCUUCUCAGUCAGGCACCGGAACCUCCUCAGAGUCCAUGGAAUCUAUGUUCAGCAUCAAGUCGGAGAGAACAUCCAAAGGGGCAGAGGUAGGAAGGAGGUCCCGAUGGGACCGUUGGGGCCUAACCAGAGCUAGCAAGAAGGGCAAGAUGGUAUCGGAGUCUCACAUCCCCACGGCUAUUGCCAGAGAGAAUGACACCCUAAGCUCCCGCUUGUACACCAGACUGGCAUCUGACUUCCCUCCCGUGUUCCACAUCAAGUUGAGGGACUACACCCUGCUGGAGGGAGAUCCCAUCACCUUUAGCUGUCUCCCAGCUGGCAGCCCCCAUCCACACAUAUCCUGGAUGAAAGAUAAGAAGCCUCUGCAGAUUGGCGCCAGAAUGAACAUUAUCUCCUGUCCUGAUGGCAGGCAGCUGCUGAUGAUCAUGACAACCACCAAGAAGGAUGCAGGGCUGUAUGAGUGUGUGGCAACAAACCUUCUAGCUUCGGUCUCCAGCUCCUGUAUCCUCUCCCUCGCUCGUUUACCCAAUCGUCCUGGGACUCCUGAGGUUCCCCAGCGCUAUAAGAACACUGCCCUGGUCUUCUGGAAGCCCUCAGACAGUAUGGCCCCCUGCACCUACUCUCUGGAGAGAAAAGCAGAGGGUGAGUCAUGCUGGCUCAUCGUGGCCACAGGAGUGGCUGACUGUUACUACAAUGUGGUUGACUUGCCAGGAGAGGGCGUCUUCAGGUUUAGAGUGGCGUGUGUAAACAAGGCAGGCCAAGGACCCUACAGUAACCUCUCAGAGGUAGAGUGCCUGGACGCUUCAGUGCCAACAAAAUGCAGUGGAUCAGUCGUUGUGAAGACAGUCCCUGCAGCACCAGUGGUCAAAACGUCAACAAUGACCGUCCCCUCAUUGAAGCCUGCGCCUAGUAAAGAGGUGCACCCCGCCCCAUCUUCUGCCCCAUUCAGAGAGACCCGGUCUGCCUCCGCUUCCUCUUCUGCUGUACCACCGGCCAAGCCUAUCGCUACUAUCCCCGCCUCUAAACCUAUUGAUUCCAAACCCAUAGUCCCUCAGACCCCAACCAGCACUGCUUCCGCCCCCAUGAUUAUUAGUGAGGUCCCAUCCUACCUGGCCAUCCCUGAGAUCCAAAGCCUGCUUCUGGCUCAGCACGCCCCAGCCCCGGCCAAAGCCAAGACUCUCAACAUCAACGUCACGAAACCUACACCGUCUCAACCAGCAAUCAUAACCGAGCUCACUCCCCCUAUCGUUCUCCCCAAACCCCAGAGUCCCGUCAAUAUCGCCUCGCCCAUGAUUAAGACCCCGCCCCCACUUGUGGCCCCUGCGCCCGCCAUCUGUACACCCACUUUGUCUGUGCCCAUGUAUGCACCAAUACUGGCUGCCAUACCACGCGUCACCCCACCGUUCCUCUCCAUCCCCGCCAUCUCAUCCCCAGUCAUGCUAAUUUCCAGCACGAGUCCAGUAGGAGAGGGUGGGGUUACACCCACACGUAUGACGCUGUCAAGAUGCAGAACGCCCUUGGGUGGACGACCUAGUGAGAGCACCCUGCGCCAGGGAGUGCCCCAGAAACCAUACACCUUCAUGGAUGAGAAGGCCAGGGGCCGCUUCGGCGUGAUCCGAGAAUGUAGAGAGAACGCCACAGGCAACCUGUUCAUGGCUAAGAUCGUGCCCUACGAGACAGACAACAAACAGACGGUGCUGCAGGAGUACAACAUCCUCAAGUCCCUCCACCACGAUAAGAUCAUGGCUCUCCACGAGGCCUACAUCACGCCCCGCUAUCUGGUGCUCAUCUCAGAGUGCUGCAAGGGGAAAGAGCUCAUCUACAGCCUUAUCGACAGAUUCCGCUACUCAGAGGAUGACGUGGUGGGCUACAUCAUUCAGGUUCUGCAAGGUUUGGACUACCUGCACAACCGCCGCAUCCUCCACUUAGACAUCAAGCCGGAGAACAUCAUCAUCACAUACAUGAACAUGGUGAAGAUCAUAGACUUUGGAAGCGCCCAGACCUUUGACCCACUCUUCCUCAAGCAGUUCAGCCCUCCUGUUGGAACUCUGGAGUAUAUGUCUCCCGAGAUGUUGAAGGGGGAUGUGGUGGGCCCUCCGGCUGACAUUUGGAGUGUGGGCGUGUUGACCUUCAUCAUGCUGAGCGGCAGGUUGCCUUUCAUGGAGAAUGAUCCACAGGAGACUGAAGCCAGAAUCUUGGCAGCCAAGUUUGAUGUGGGAAAACUCUACCAGAACGUGUCUCAAAGUGCCUCUUUGUUUUUUAAAAAGGUCCUCUGUAGUUACCCUUGGGCCCGUCCUUCCAUCAAGGACUGCUACAACAACUCAUGGCUCCAGGACGCCUACCUGAUGCGGAUGCGGCGGCAAACCCUCACCUUUACCACCACACGCCUCAAGGACUACCUGGACAAGCAGCAGAAGCUGCGGGCGGGUGUGGCCACCAAGCACAAGGUCCUCCUUCGGUCGUACCAAAGCUCAUCCCAGUCCCCCACCAGCCCUAUACCCCCAUCUCCCAUGACACCGGUCACACAGUGAGCACGGCUUCAUAUGUCAAAUGCAUGAAGGCAGGAGCUGUUGCAUGAAAGGAGGUGCCUAAUCUAUAUGAGAAAGGUCCUAGGAUCGAGCCCCGAACAACCCCCUUGGCCCCCUAACCUGGUGAGAUGAGUUGUGAGUUUAGCUUUUCAGACAAAUGGACAUAAAAUCACAAAAUCCAGCACUGGUUCGAGAUAUUAACAACCUCUCUGCCUCCACCAUAGAGUCCCUACAGAGAAUGUUCUUGUAAUGAGACAAUAACAGAAUAGUUCUUUGUGUAUUUCAUGGUGUGAUACAUGUUUCUCAAGGGCUGGAUGCCAGCUCAAAGUUCCAAACCUCUGCUCUCUCUUUUUAAUACUCACAAGCUCGUAAUUGUUUUAUCUAAACCUCUUGUAUCCAAGUAUCAUGUAUCUUCUCUUAACAUCUAGUACAUGUGUAAUUUUAUCUUUGAGCAUUUUCGAGCUAUAAAUACAGUGCAGAAGAUGUCCAAACUGAUGCGUAAAGGUGAAUAGCUUUCUGUAAGCAUGAACGAGGCCACUGUACAAUAUACUGUAGGCUACAAACACGAAGGACUCUUAAGGCUACUUUCAGAUUGACGCUUUAUUCCUCUUAGAAAGCCAUAGUAUUUGCUUUACAUGUGUGCUCCUUUGCACUUUUUAUCGAUUGCCACUUUUAUCCAUGCAUUUUCAUAAUUUCACCAUUCGUUUUGCUAUAGCCUAUCAUAUUAGAGGUUUCAUUAGUGAAUUAUCACUGAUCAAUGAUUUGGAGAAAACUAAACCACGAUCGUUCUCCCAGCAUGUCACAUUCUUUCAUUUGGUAAUGUUUAGGCCUAUACUAAAGGUUAUUUACAAUACAAGAUUACCAAUAAUAUAAAGACAACGCAUGUAAACAUCCAUGCGUAAAUAUCAACCCUGUCCAGGCCUGUUUGGUUAAAUGCGAUACACCAUCCGGAGAUGCAAUUUGUAGUUACUCUGUAACUUAACAUGUUUCUGUUUCUACUCUGUGCAUUAGGGCCUGUCAUUUGUAUUUAUACUGUGCAUUAAUUGUACACACAUCCAGAUGCUUAGCUCGUUUGUGUGGUGACUGUCAAGGAUGGGAGAUUCUCUGAAUAUUUAUUACUACGGCUGUGGACAGAUCGAGGUUAUUGGGACAGUAGCCUAUUAUGUCUUAUAUCGCUGGGUAACAAACAAAGGUUGUAAUGAUGAGAUUAUAAAACUAUUGACUAUAAACUUGUGCUGUUUUCUGUUGAUUUAAACAGCUUAUGUCAUAAGGGGAGGUCCAAGGCAGGUUGGAUUCAUUUGCAUAAAGGACAGGACCAGGGAAUCUGGUCACAAUAUUGAAUUGACGUUGUGGGCAGAUGAGACACAUUUUAUUCCUAUGUGUAGGCGUAACAAAUCUCGAUCAGAUAUUGAUUGGGUCAUCUUGAUUGGAUGACGACAACCACAUGUUAAUGCAAUGUGUAACCACAGCUUUUUACUGUAAGAAUGCAUAUGAUUGCAGACUAUUCAUCAGUUAUUCAUAAUGCAGGUCCUCACUUUUAAAUUAGGAUGAUGCUUGGAGAAAGAAUGUAUUUUUGUUUUGGGUAUAUUGCCAAAUUGUUACUUACUCAGAAAUUAAUGUAUGUAGGUGCAUGUCACAUCUACGCAGAUUAAGAAAAUGUUAAUUUAUGAAACUGUUAGGUUUCACCUUUUUUUUUUUUUUACAUUUUGUUAAUCGAUUAUAAGUUUUGCUAUCUUCGUUAUCAAACAUUGAAACAGUAUAUAUAACAAAAUAUAUUUAUUGUGUAGAUAGAGUACCAGUUAAAAGUUACUUUUUUGGUUACUACAUGAUUCCAUACAAUGCCUUGCAAAAGUAUUCACCCCAAUUUGCGUUUUUCCUAUUUUGUUGCAUUACAACCUGUAAUUUAAAUUGAUUUUUAUUUGGAUUUCAUGUAAUGGACAUACACAAAAGAGUCCAAAUUGGUGAAGUGAAAUGAAAAAUAAUAACUUGUUUGAAACAAUAAUGUUUUUAUUAAAUGGAAACGUGGUGCGUGCUAUCAAUCCCAUAAAUAAGAUAUGGUGCAACCAAUUACCUUCAGAAGUCACAUUAUGAGUUAAAUAAAGUCCACCUGUAUGCAAUCUAAGUGUCACAUGAUCUCAGUAUAUAUACACCUGUUUUGAAAGGCCCCAGAGUCUGCAACACCACUAAGCAAGGGGCACUACCAAGCAAGCAGCACUAUGAAGACCAAGGAGCUCUUCAAACAGGUCAGGUACAACCUUGUGGAGAAGUACAGAUCAGGGUUGGGUUAUAAAAAAAAUUGAGAAACUUUGAACAUCCCAUGGACCACCAUUAAAUCCAAUAUUUUAAGAAUGGAAAGUAUAUGGCACCAGAACAAACCUGCCAAGAGAGGGCCGCCCACCAAAACUCACGGACCAAGCAAAGAGCCAACAAAGAGACCAAAGAUAACCUUGAAGGAGCUGCAAAGCUCCACUUUAAGCCGUACACUCCACAGAGCUGGACUUUACGGAAGAGUGGCCAGAAAAAAUUAUCAAACAUGUUUGGUGUUUGCCAAAAGGCAUGUGGGAGACUCCCCAAACAUGUGGAGGAAGAUACUGGUCAGAUGAGACUAAAAUUGAGCUUUUUGGCCAUCAAGGUAAAUGCUAUGUCUGGCGUAAACCCAACACCUCUCAUCACCCUGAGAACACCAUCCCCACAGUGAAGCAUAGUGGUGGCAGCAUCAUGCUGUAGGGAUGUUUUUCAUCGGCAGGGACUGGGAAACUGGUCAGAAUUGAAGGAAUGAUGGAUGGAGCUAAAUGCAGGGAAAUUCUUGAGGGAAACCUGCUUCAGUCUUCCAGAGAUUUGAGACUGGGACGGAGGUUCACCUUCCAACAGGACAAUGACCCUAAGCAUACUGCUAAAGCAACACUUGACUGGUUUAAGGGGAAACAUUUAAAUGUCUUGGAAUUGCCUAGUCAAAGCCCAGACUUCAAUCCAAUUGAGAAUCUGUUGUAUGACUUAAAGAUUGCUGUACACCAGUGGAACCCAUCCAACUUGAAGGAGCUGGAGCAGUUUUGUCUUGUAGAAUGGGCAAAAAUCCCAGUGGCUAGAUGUGCCAAGCUUAUAGAGACAUACCCCAAGAGAUGUGCAGCUGUAAAUGCUGCAAAAGUUGGCUCUACAAAGUAUCGACUUUGAGAGGGGGGGGUGAAUAGUUAUGCAUGAUCAAGUUCUGUUUUUUUUGCCUUAUUUCUUGUUUGUUUCACAAUAUAUCAUAUUUUGCAUCUUCAAAGUGGUACACAUGUUGUGGAAAUCAAAUGAUACAAACCCCACAAAAAUCCCAAAAUAGGAAAAAUGCCAAGGGGGGUGAAUACUUUCGCAAGCCACUGUAUGUGUUAUUUAAUAGUUUUGAAGUCUUCACUAUUAUUCUACAAUGUAAAAAAUAAAGAAAAACCCUUGAAGGAUUAGGUGUGUCCAAACUUUUGAUUGGUACUUUAUGCUAUAUAUUAAUUGUGGUAUAAUCAUGAAGUGAUGUGGCAGAUGUGUGUCAUGAAGUUGAUUUUACAUUACAUUGUAUUUCAGUUUUAAUCAACAGCAUCAGUGGGUUUGUUUAGAAUUAAGUAUUUAAGCAGGAUUCUUCUAGUUGAAUUCCAUGGUCAGUUAUGAGAUUGCUUUUAUGGCUGCUUGUGUGUCAUGUCAUAGAGUUUUGUAUAAAAUUAUGAUAUGUUUGAUUUAUUGGAUGAAUGUAUUUCAAUUGAUUGUGAAGAUAGUAUUACCAUUUAAAGGGAGAGGGUAACUAUUGAUGUAUGAAGACCAAGAAGUACUGAGCAAGACACUAGUAAACUAGUUGCAAAAUAUUUUUGGAACGGAACAACUUGCAAGGUUGAUAAUGAUUAGGUUCAGAGUUUUGUACCUAAGGCAUAUAUAUACCUUGAAUGUGUUGCAGUGUCCCAUGUCAUGGAUACUGAAACAGAAGUGUUUGCUUUGUAAGUUGACAAUCAAUAUCGGCUUUGUUGUGCGAUUUUUCAGGGGGGGGCAAAGACAUUAUGUUACUCGAUUGUUUUUUGUGUGAUUGUUUGGUUGUUUGUUUAUUUGAUUGCUUGAGUAAUCACAAUUGGUGAAGCUCUUAAACUUCUUUGCUCUGUGGAACCUCUGAAUAUGGCAUGUGAUAGGCAUGGCAGUUAUGAAUAAUAAUAAAGAA